GAGAGAGAGAGAACGAGAGAGAGAGAGAGAGAGAGAGAGAGAGAGAGACAGACAGACAGAGAGAGAGAAAGAGGAGGGAGGCAACAGUCGACAAACAGGUACGAGCUGACCGGCGAGCACAUUCGAAGAGAGAGAGAGAGAGAGAGAGAGAGAGAGAUCAUGAAGUGAAUGGACGUCGACCGGGCUGCGUCGUGAAAACAUUUUGCGCGAUUUAGAGAAAACCCGAACCGACCUGAAGCAGACGACAAAGAGCGAGGAGCAGGAAAAAGGGGAAGAACAGACGGAGAGACAGAGAGAAAAAGAGACAGAAAGACGUGGCAGAGAGAAAGAGAGAGAGAGACAGAGAGCGAAGAGACAGAGAGAGAGAGAGAGAGAGAGAGAGAGAGAGACGCGAGAGCUCCGGACAGCACUAAAAGUGAGGGAGGCUGUGGUUUCGGGCUGAGCGCAUCAGAUUUACGAGUGCGGGAUGGAGUUCCACUCCGCACCGAGUCGACGCACCCUUCUGACCUGCUGACGACACUCGACCUCAGCACCCGACCCGACCUGACACCAUUCGGCCACCGGACUGAACAAAGCCCCCGCAGGAUCUACGACACUCGGCCGCUCGUUUUGACGUCGCUCAAGAUGAACUUGCUCUUGGUCUAGAGUCUGUGAUUCGGACAUUGUGGAUGUGUCGGUGUGUGUGCGUGUGCAUGUGUGUGUGUGUGUGUGUGUGUGUCAGCGUCAGCUCAAACUUCAGGGACUUUGUGAGUUUCACCGGGGCUUGGCGUUGAGCUUGAUUGUCCACACACUCUUCUUUGACCGGGUCGUGGUCUUCUUUUGACUGGACACAGGACACACAGACUCUUUUUUGACCGAGUCGUGGUCUUCUUUUGACUGGACACAGGACACACAGACUCUUUUUUGACCGAGUCGUGGUCUUCUUUUGACUGGACACAGGACACACAGACUCUUUUUUGACCGAGUCGUGGUCUUCUUUUGACUGGACACAGGACACACAGACUCUUCUCUGACCGGGUCGUGGUCUUCUUUUGACUGGACACAGGACACACAGGGUCAUUGCACGGCCACUAAAACCCCCGGGACUUGGUCAGGGAGGAACAAGGCUAAAGAGUGCCAUGGUCAUCUGCUUCUGUUUUGAAUGUUUGACCGUGUUUUACUUUUUUUGCUGAGUCGGAACAUGAUCCGGAUCUUUCCACGGACCAGUCCCAGCUGUGUCGGUUGUUGGUGAGGCUUCUCUGAUUUGGUUCCCAAGCGGAUUUUAGUAGCUCAGACACCACUUUUUUUCCCCCUUUUUUUUUUUCCUGUGGAAUUAUUUGAGUGUUUUUUUCGAGGGGUUCAGACGGUGAGGUGUCCUGACUGGGUUUCCGGACAGCUGCUGUGUGUUUUCGUUUGUUUGUUUGUUUGUUUGUUUAUUUUUUUGCGGUCAGCGCCCAUAUUUUUGGGGAUUUUUAUUGUGGUUUGGGCGUCGGGGAGGCGAGCGUGUGGCCAGCCAUGGAGCUGUGGAGGCAGUGCACGUCCUGGCUGAUCCAGUGCAGGGUGCUGCCCGAGAACCACAGGGUGACCUUCGCCAGUGCACAGGUCUGCGAGCUGGCCCAUGCGUUGAGAGAUGGCGUUCUUCUCUGUCAGCUCCUCAACAACCUGAUGCCUCAAGCCAUCAACCUGAGAGAGAUCAACCUCAGACCUCAGAUGUCCCAGUUCCUGUGUCUGAAGAACAUCCGCACCUUCCUGGGGUCGUGUCAGGACCGCUUCGGACUGAAGAAGAGUGAGCUGUUCGAGGCAUUCGACCUGUUCGACGUGCGCGACUUUGGGAAGGUGAUCGACACCUUGUCCAUUCUGUCCCAUUCCUACGUUGCAAUUCAGGCUGGCUACAGGCCAUUCCCUGAUGAAGACUGUGUUGGCGAUGACGAUAUCUACAGUGGCCUGUCAGAUCAGAUCGAUGACACUGUGGAGGAGGAUGAUGACCUGUACGACUGUGUGGAGGAUGAGGCAGAGGAGGGGGACGAGAUCUACGAGGACCUCAUGAGGACAGAGGAGCCGCCAGAGCAACAGAAGGUUGAAGUUGACAAGCGAAGCUGCUGCCUUCAAGAAAUAAGACAAACAGAGGAGAAAUACUCAAACACUCUGGAGUCUAUACUACAGCACUUUAUGAAGCCACUUCAAGCCUUCCUGAUGACCUCUGAAAUUGAAAGCAUAUUCAUCAACGUUGAGGACCUAGCUGAGAUGCACCGUAGCUUACUGAGGGAGGUCCAGAUGGCCAUGGCGAGCCCAGGAGCGGAGACCCUCUACCAGGUCUUCAUCAAGUACAAGGAGAGGUUACUGUUGUACGGGCGCUACUGCAGCCAGGUGGAAUCUGCCACUAAACUCCUGGACAAGAUGGCGUCUCAAAGAGAGGACCUGAGGAUGAAGUUAGAGGAGUGCUCCAACCGGGCCAACAGCGGGAGAUUCUCCCUCAGAGACCUGCUCAUGGUGCCCAUGCAGAGAGUGCUGAAGUACCACCUGCUACUCCAGGAGCUGAUGAAACACACUGUGAACCCAGCUGACAAAGAGAACUUGCGCAACGCUCUGGACGCCAUGAAGGAUCUGGCCCAGUGUGUGAAUGAGGUUAAGAGGGACAAUGAGAUUAUGAAGCAGAUCACCUCCUUUCAGCUUUCCAUUGAAAACAUGGCCACAUCACUUGCGCUGUUCGGACGUCCAAAGAUAGACGGAGAGCUGAAAGUCUGCACUUCGGAGAAGAAGUCCAAGCAGGACAGAUAUGCGUUCCUGUUUGACAAGGCCAUGGUGGUGUGUAAGAAGAAGUCUGGGGAGAACUUUGAGAUGAAGGACCUCAUUGAACUGCAACACUACCAGCUCAGGGAGGAGAUCUCGGAGAAGGACAACAAGAAGUGGUCCCACUCCUUCCUGUUGAUAGACUUCCAAGGCCACUUCGGUUAUGACCUGUUCUUCAAGACCCGGGAGCUGAAGAAGAAGUGGAUGGAGCAGUUUGAGAUGGCCAUGUCAAACAUGAUUCCAGAGAACAGCGGUGCGAAUGGCCACGAGUUUCAGAUGCACUGUUUCGAGGACACCACCUCCUGUAAGGCCUGCCAGAUGCUGCUCAGGGGUAUAUUUUUUCAGGGCUACCGCUGCACUCGGUGCAAGAUGGCCGCCCAUAAGGAGUGUCUGGGAAGGGUUCCUAUAUGUGGACGGAAUUCAGAAAACUCUGGGACACUUAAAAAGAGUAAAACUGUGAAGCCUCAAAGACAACAAAAACCAGGUCUGCCCAAGAUGGAGGUAUGUGAGGAGUACUACGGUCUGCCGCCGCCCCCAGUGGCUUUCGGCCAACCACUGCACCUCUCUAUGGGUGAUAUCAUCGAGCUGACACGGGCAGAGGUGGAGCUACAGUGGUGGGAGGGCAAGAAUGUGACAGUAGGUGAGAUGGGCUGGUUCCCAUGCAACAAAGUGCAGCCCUUUAGACCGUCCCCUACACCUGAUCUGUCUGGGUUGCCCUGGUUUGCUGGGAACAUGGACCGUUCUGCGGCCAAGAACCUUCUGAUAUCCCGAUCGGACGGAACCUUCCUGGUCCGACAGAAAGAUGGCGGAGAGUUUGCCAUCAGCAUCAAAUUUAACAUGGACAUCAGACACAUCAAGAUCACGUCGUCUGAAGGCCUCUUCCGUAUCAAUGACAAGAAAGCCUUCAAGGGCCUUGUGGAAAUGGUUGAGUUUUAUCAGCAGAACUCUCUGAAGGAGUACUUCAAGGAUGUGGACACACGGCUGGUGCUCCCUUAUAAACUCCCAGAGCAGACAGGUGGCCCAGCUGUACCACCAUCCAGGCCAGACCGCUCCAGUGCCCGUUACUUCGGCACGGCGAAGGUGCGCUACGACUUCUCGGCGCGGGACCGCUCGGAGCUGUCACUGCGCGAGGGUGACACCGUCAAGAUCAUCUCCAAGAAGGCCCACAACGGCUGGUGGAAGGGAGAGGUGUACGGGCGGGUGGGACUGUUCCCAGCCAAUUACGUGGAGGAGGACAACUCCGACUACUGCUGAUUGGACAGAUCCCUUGCCCAUCUCCCUCAACCCUGUCCAAGAAGAAAAUAAAAUCCGUGGAAGAUUCCAGAUCACAUCUUUUUUUCAGUCAGGAUGUCAACAUCAAAACUUAUACUGUAGGAAGUCAGUUUGAGGGGAAUUAGGUCACGAAUGGCGUUAAAGGUAAACAGGAUUAAGUCACCGAAAUCACCUAAGCCUUGGUUUCUUGACCCCUUUGUUUUGGAUUGAACUUGGUUCUCCCAGAAAUGAAUCCUCAUCUUGACUCCCGAGGUUACGGAUUUUUUUGGCUUCCAGGAUUGAGUUUCGGCUUUAGUUUCUUGUGAAUUAUUUGAGUCAGUGAGCCCUUGUACUGAUUCACCGAGUUUCAAAAUGAGUCAUUUGUGUCAGGGAGCCUUAAUUCUGAUUCACUCUCCCAUUUCAGAAGCAUUCAUUUCAUCUUUUGGAUUUACAGACACACUGACGACUUCACCCUGAUGAGUAUUUAGUCAGUUUAUUUGGCUAUGCCAGGUCUUCAGGGGUUAGGAAUUAAGACUGCAAAUGUAAAAAAAAAAGUUUAAAAAGUAAUUAAAAACUAUCUAUCUUUUAAAUAAUGACAAAAUGUUUUUUUUUUUAAAAUGUGUGUGAAGAAAAUGUUGAGAGUAUACGAGCGUGUCAGUGAUGUUGCUGAUUGUGUUGUGUUUCUGUAUGUAUAAGGAAGUGGAUCUCUCCAGUGAGGGUGAUGAACUAUUUAUGUCUUUUUUUAAAAAGUAGUGUUCUGUUAACAGCAGGAGAAAAAAAACUAUUCAAUAAAGCCACAUUUUUAACGUCA